AUGAAGUAUCUUGAGUCAUGUGUGAAGACAAGGUACAUGCUCAGAGGUCAAUUGGCAAAAGUUGCACCGUUGGCAAAUGUCAAUAUCCGAGUCAACAUUCCGACUGAGAAAGGUUCUUCACAUGACGACUAUGUUGUUGACAAAGACUUACCAUGGUUGAAGAUUGUAAUUGUCCACAACCACUUCAUGUUGAACGAAAGUCUUAUGUUCGGAAAAGGCAAGUGCAACAUUGUCAGAGCUGUUAACAUUCUUUUCGAGAAAGGUUUGUUGGAACCAAUUCCAGAUGACAAGCUGACAGAAACUUUUGUACCAAAAGACGAAACAAACUUUUCAUUGUUAGCAAGACCAAAAGUUGUUCCAGACAAAGUUAUAGCACAAAAGAAGUACACAGUUCCACGAGGAGUUGGAUUGUUCGGAUACCAACCUGAACCAGAAGAACUUCCAAUGAGGUUGCAAGAACUUCAAGAUGCUAUAAACAAACUUCCAUUGAGACAUCCAAUUGACGUCAAAUUGUAUUGGAGAGCAUCUGAGUUAGGUCAGAAGGUUUUAUAUGAAACAGGUUGCUUCGACGAUGUUUAUGAGAUAACAGGAGAAGUUUCUCAGAAGAUAAGAGACUCACUUGAAUUUCCACAAACUGGACCAAUUGGUUGCGACAAGUUCGACUCAUACGAAAAGAUAUACUAUGUUGACCUUAACGCUGCGUACAUGAGGUUCGUCCAAUAUAUCCCGACUGGAAUUCCAAACGAAGAUGGUGAGUUCCUGGGAAGGAACUAUACAGUUGGAAAAGUCAUACAACAACUGUAUGAUAUUAGGAAAGCUUCAAACCCCAAACUUGCAAUGACACUCAAAUUGCUUAUGAAUUCGACAUGGGGAUAUUCCAUUAAGAAACCUCAAGAGAUGAAGAGUAAACAUUAUGAGAAGGUCGACAACUUUGUUGAAAGGUUUUCUCCUUUUGUUUUGAAGUACGAAUUCACUCAAGGUCAAAGUGGCUUAGUAACCACAUUAA